UUGUAUGGGUUAUAAAAACAAUAGCUGGCAAAAUAAAAAUUGGCGAUUAUAUAGAAAUAGCGGCACUGCAAUAUCAAAGAAAAGUUUAUAAGAAAGAAAAUCGCAUUAAAUACAAAAUUCCUAGGCGGGGUUGUGUAGAACAAACGGUGAACUCCAUAGCUAAGAAAUAUGAGUAACUCAGAAGAGGCCAAGUCAUCGGAUUUUAUAGGAUCCAUUGGGCAAUUGGCGCACCAGUAUGCGCCGGAUGUGAAGAGCCAUCGCACUUUUAUUCAUGAUGUUUUCACCCUAUGUGGACGGAUUGAAGAACAAUUGUUAAAAAACAAUUCCAUCUUUAAGAACUCGCUGAGCAAUUUGAAUUCCACAGCCGUCUUUGUGAAUGGCGAAAAUAUUGAGUUGCCUAUCAACUUUGAAGUCUUCCUGCCGAUGCACCUACCUUUGCCUGUGGAGAUGGAGUUCGAUGAGGAGAAGCGCACAGUCACGCUGCACAACACGAACAUCGCGCACCCGUUUAAUUACAAUAAGCUUAUUAAUUCCAAAUGCAUUAACAACUUGCUGAAGACCGAGCUGUUGCGUAUUGUCCAGCAAAUCGGAUCUGUGGAAAUGGGUGCAGGCACUAUUUAUGAACUAAGCUACGACUCCCUCUGCAUGAGCAGGUGUCCUUUUGUGCAUCAGAUAAAGGCCUUUAAAAAGAGCAACGUGGAGGAACACCCGUGUGGCAUACGUUUUGAUUUUGUGGUUGCUCUGGAAUUUGAGGGCAGCAAGAUGCCAUUGCCUUCAUAUUACUAUGUUCCUCCCACCUCAGACGGAUUGUCCUACAAAUGGUACGCCUAUUCACUGGUGGGUCUACAGGAGGGUUUUAGGGCAGCCGCUUGGGCCGUCUUGGUGCCAAAAUGGCACUCAGUCGACAUUGGUCAGCGCAUUCGUGCGGCAAGUGCCAUUCAACUGCUUUAUCGACUGCUCUGGUCGCGUGAGUGCUACCUAUUUGCCAAUGCGUUUUCUGUCAAAUUCGGCUUCACUAUGACCACUGAGGGCGCAGGCGAGGCUUAUCCACUCAUGUCAACGUCCGAGCUAUUGAUCACAACACUGGGUCAUCAAAUCUUUCGUAACUUCUCUCACAUCAAUCGAAUGCAAUCGAAUCAAAGAAAUCUGGUUCUAAACGAGCAGAGUACGGAAAAACUAUGCGAACAGCAACAGAGGGCCAAGGACAUGUAUGAUAUGCUGUCGAAGGGCUUCCAUCUGAAUUUCAUUGCUCGGGCGUGCAUGAAACUCUACUCUCAGAUGAUGUUGCGUAUGAAAGAAGACGGCAAGGCCGAAGCCUCAGGGUCGGGCGCGGACACGGAGACGGCUGUGCUGGACUCGAAUGUGGAAGCCACUGAAGCCGCCACCGAACCGGUCACAGUCCCAGCUCAAUGGUUAAAUUGAGCGCAUGAAGCCGUCCGAGCGUUGGUUUGGCCAAAAAGGAUUCUUUAAGCAGUCAGCGUUCCUGCCAUGUGUUUUUUUAAUUGUUCAAAGCCAAAUAUUCAAUUGUAGCUGAUUAUAUCACAAUAAUAAAAAGAUAUAUAUUUAUAUAUUUAUUCACAUUCUAA